CGCGACCCCCGUCCCUUCCGCUGGACCGAGGGUCAUGUUCCCACCAAGCAUGACUUAGUUCAUGAAUGACCCAGCCAACCUACAAGCUAUACACGGCUUUGGCCAGGUCAUGGCCAUGUGCCAACAGAAUGGGGGGAUGCCUUUUCUCCCUGGUAUGUUCCCGUUCGCUCUUCCAAGCGCGGGAACCGUGCCUCUACAAGCUCAAAUGGCAGUGACGCCAUUCCAGAAGCCGAUGCCGCAGCCAUCACCUUUCCAGCCCCAGCUGGUCAGCACCAUGGCCCCUGUCAACUUGACUGGCGCACUAAACGCUGCAGGGCCGUCGUGUCCCCCGCAAGCCGGGCAGAGAGAGUCUGAGAACCUUACUCAGUUACUUACCCGGUGGAAGGAAGAGGUAGACAAGGUGGAAAAGAUGGAUGACAAGACCGUCUUAUCCCUCCUCUUGAAUGGCUUGCGUGCUGGGGAACUAUACAAGGAGUUCUGCCGGAAACCCCCGGCCACGUACCAAGAGGCCUACCACACUGCAUGGGAGUUUGCUGAGGCUGAAACCCAACUCCGGGCAAAGAGAGAAGCUGAGCAUGGUCACAAGCCCAAGCCGGUGCAAGUCAAGAAGGAAGAAGUCCCGGGACCUAGCCGGCCAAGGCACCACUAUGACCCAGUUGUCCGUGUGGUCAAUACGGAGGAAUGCCAAGAAAUCCGGAAAGCACCAGUCAUUCUUCCGGAAAACCCUACCGGUCAAACAGGGCGGCAAUGGUUGGGCACCUAUUGUUCGUACCAUAGGUCAGAUUCCCAUAACACCUCUGAAUGCAAAAGUGUUAAGGGGGUGAUCCGGCAGAUAAUAGACAGUGGAGAACUGGGCAAGGAUUACUUGCAGAAAGCCCAGGAGAAGAGUCAUCAGUGGGUUAGGCCAGUUGCCUCGGGAGAUGACCAGGACAACGACCGGCGGAGGAAUAGCCGGCCACGGGAGCGGCAACCUGCUCCCGAAAAAGGGAACAUCGGCAUGAUCUUCGGCGGACCUGAGGGUGGAGAUUCAGCCGCGCAGCGGAAGAAUUGGGUCCGAAGCAUUUACGUUGGAGAGGUAAGUGCUGAACCGCCAAGGCGUAAACAUAGUAGAAGGGAGCCGAUCGUCUUUACCGACCGGGAUCUCCCUCCUACCGGUGAAGAUCACAAUGAUCCAUUGGUCAUCACCAUGGACAUUAAUGGGGUGGAUGUCGCCCGGGUACUUGUUGACACUGGGAGCAGCUUCACGGGAGACACCGUUGAAGCUGAAGGGUCCAUAGUUCUACCGGUCGAACCAGGAUCAGGCGAGAAGACCGUGUGGAAGAAGAUGCGGUUCAUCGUUGUGGACAUUAAAUGCGUCCACAACGCGAUCCUUGGGAGACCGGGCAUCAAUAAGGUCGGGGCGGUGAUUUCCAUGCCUCACCUGUGCAUGAAGUUCCACACUCCAGGCGGGGUGGGUGAAGUGAAGGGCGACCAGAGGAAUGCCCGGGAGUGCUAUGCCCGGGCAGUCAAGAAGAUGACCAAGGGGGUCAAUGUCAUUUCCCAAGAAAUCACAAAGGGAGAGACUCGGGAGAAAUUGGAGCCCGAGGCCGAGACGGUGGAAAUCGAACUUCACCCGGGUGAUUCUUCGAGGAUGGUUAGAAUUGGAGCAAAUCUCCCUGAGGAUCUCAAGGCAGAGAUUACACGGGUCCUCCAAGAAUACGCGGGCAUAUUUGCAUGGAGCGUGGCGGAUAUGCCAGGAAUAGAUCGCUCUGUUAUCUGCGACCGGUUGGCCGUGAGGGAAGGAAGUCGACCGGUACGUCAGAAGAAGCGGUACCUGGCCAGUGACCGGCGAGACUUCGUCAAGAAGGAAGUGAAGGACCUCCUCAGUGUUGACCUACCGGUCAACAAGCCCAAUGAGCAAUGGUGGGAGAUGGCAGUUGAUGGGGCAUCCGGUCCUAGAGGAUACGGGGGUGGUAUCGUGUUCACCACCCCAGAAGGGUUCAGGAUCUACCAUGCAAUCAUCUUCAACUUCAAGCUGACGAACAAUGAGGCAGAAUAUGAAGCUCUGGCAGGAGGGCUCAGACUUGCCCAAGCCCUGAAAAUCAGCCGGGUCAGUAUCAAAUCUGACUCUAGCCUGAUUGUUGGGCAAGUGACCGGUAACAUAGAAGCAAGGGAAGGACGCAUGGCACAAUACAAGGAGCUCGUGCUCGCCCUGUUGAAAGGCUUCGAAGAGUUCAAGAUCGCCCAGAUUCCCCGGGCGGAGAACGCGGAUGCAGACCUUCUCUCCAAGUUGACGCAGUAUGCCCCCGAGCAUGUUUCGAAACUUGCCCGGGUGGAGAUCCUGGAUCGAGCCAGCAUCGAAAAAUUGGAAGUCGCCGCUAUAACAGCCGGAUGCCAAUCUGACCGGUCAAACUUGGUCGGAGCAGACGACCAUUGGAUGUAUGAUCUGAUGGAAUAUUUGAUGGUUGGAAGCUUGCCAGAACAAGAUGACCGGGCAAGAAAAGUGAAGCUCAGGGCACCCCGAUUCCAGAUUCUUGAUGGAAAGCUGUAUAAAAGGGCAUUUGGGGGGCCACUCCUGAGAUGUCUAACCAACCGGGAGGCUGAGCGAGUCAUAGCGGAGGUCCACGAAGGUGUAUGCGCGGCGCAUCAAAUGUCCCGAAACAAGUGGCUAGAGGAGCUCCCGCACAUCAUAUGGGCAUUCCGAGUAACACCCAGGAGGGCUCAUGGGGAAACUCCAUUCUCCCUAACCUAUGGGUGUGAAGCAAGGCUGCCCAUCGAAGCUGAAUUCACAACGUUCCGGGAAUCAAAUUAUCAACCCCAACAAAAUGAAGAAGACCAUCUCGCCGAGCUCAACUUGGUCGAGGAACGAAGGAUGGCGGCAGAAGUGAGAAUGAGUACAUACCAACAAGUUGUGAAGAAAUACCACGACAACAAGGUGGGACCGCGUUACUUCCAAGUCGGUGAUGAAGUCUUACAGAGAAGGGAGGCUAGUAGACCGGGAGACGGGGGAAAGCUGGCCAAAAACUGGGAAGGACCUUACUAGGUGAGGGCUAUCAUUCGCCCGGGAACCUACCGGUUAGAAACUCUCGAUGGUGUACCGGUAGAAAGAACCUGGAAUUCCCAUCAUCUUCGCAAGUUCUACAAGUGAUUGUAAUACUAGGCAAGGCCUACUUCAAUUAUCAAUCAAAUUAAGGUUCAAUA